AUGCUCUCCGAAAUCCGAUCGCAACUUUCUGAGAGUCAAGAUAGAUGGAAAAACAAAACAAGCAUUCCCUCGUCUCCAUCCCGAAAAGAGGGCCUCAACAGCAUUCAGAAGCGGUUGGCCGAGUUGAAUUCGUCAGCCGACGAUUGGCGCCGAAAAGUGCGCAAAGAUGUUUCGCCGACGCGGAAACCCACGCAAAAAGUGCAUCCGCUGGAAAAACAAACGCUAAACUACGAGAAACUGUUAACGCCUCAGCCAUCAAAAGCGAACACUUUACAUAAUAUCGACUCUGGACUAAACACGUUUUUCUCUGCCACCGUUCCACUUACGUCAGUUACUAAAAAUGAAGGCGAAUUGCAAAAGGAGGAGAUCGAUUUGGACGCUAUUCAGCCAUCACAGAGGCUAUCCACCCCAAGACGACUAGUGCCUCGACCGGGUCGACCAGCACGACGAAAGGCUGGAACCGAUCGUCUAAAAGCGAUUGACGUUGAUAGUGUGCAUUGUGAGGAGGAUCUUCGGGAUCAUUUGGUUAUUGAGGAGCUUGAUGACGAUAUGAGCACACCGGUGGCUACAAGUGCUAGAAAGGGAUUACAGUCAAUCGAGAACUAUGACGCAGCAAAGAGUGCUCUGAAGCAAGCCGAUCUCGUUUCCCCGUUUCCUGACGUGAUGUUGAUUCGAAUCAUGGGUGAGAAGAAAGUCGACGUUCGUUUGGUUGAGCCAAAGGGUUCAUCUGUUCAUCAGCACGGCUGCUUUGUGCUUGUCACGCCGAAAAGACUCUUUCUCUAUACAGGAUCAGAAAGCAAUAUUCUUGAAAAGACAAAGGGGGCUCAAAUGACAACAUCGAUCAUUCAAAAGAAAGAUCUCUUUUGCACAGCUGAAUGCGUUGAACGGGUUGAAGGAUCAGCGCCGGCUUUCUUUAAGAUAUUAGGAGGUGAUUCAUCAAAUUCAUCGUUCAUCCGCCCGGCUGAACCCUUCGAAAAUCUCGCUGCUUCAGCAAAUCUUAUCCUCCGGGUCACUGACGACUACAAAAUUCAGUCGAUCGUCAAAGGGGAACGGCCACGUUUCAAGAUUUUCCAACCAAAUGAGACUUUGAUUCUCGACUUUGGCUCCGAGAUUUACAUCUGGAGUGGGCGAAACGCGAGAAAGACAAGCGGAAGAUACGCAAAGGAGUAUGUGAACAAAUUGAUCAAGUGCGGUCUUGGGUGCAGCGAGAUUUUUGGAUGCGAUAUGUCAGUGAAGAGGCCCGAGUGGGUCAUUGUGAGACGGGUCUUCCAGGGAGUCCAAGACGUUCUCUUUGCCUCAAAGUUCGCCGAUUGGGAAACAAGUGAGAUGAAAAAUUUGUUCAAAACGCCGAUAUCAACGAAACAAAUUCCUCGACGAGAUCCUGAACAAGAUGCGAUCGAUUUAGCUGAAAAGAUUAAAUCCUUCGAGCAUCAACUCCCCGUACUUGUCCUUGAAGACUAUGAAUUUGAGAGGCAAACAAAAGAUGUAAUCACUGAAGACAUUGCUUUCUGGGUGCUACAGGGAGAGGAAUUAGAGAAAAUCGAAAAGACAAACGUUUUGUGGAGUGAUGAGUGCUAUGUGGUGCGGUGGCAGUACAGGAUUCAGUUGUCAGGUGUAAGACGGCUAAAAGACGGCUCUGAGGUUGAGCGGGAGACAGGCCGACAACGAAUUGCGUAUUUCUAUUGGUUAGGCAAGUGGACAUCACCAAAGCUUCAAGGUCUUUGCGCGCUGAAGCUUUCACAUAUGGAUAAAGAGAAGAGUCCUCAUAUUCGACAAGAACAAGGCGCUGAGCAUCCGGUUUUUCUAGAGCUUUUUGAAGGAAAAUUAUUGAUCAGAGAUAGAAACUUGAAUGAUCAUCUUUUCGUCAUUCGAGGCUCAUUGUCAAGUGAAACUACACUUGAACAGAUCAAAAAAGGAGAACCCAUUGAGGAGUCAUGCUGUUUAUUUGGAGGCAAUAGCCAACAAACCAGUCACUCUUCAUGUCGGUGCACAUUGUUC